CCGGGGCGCGACAUCAGUCGCUGCCGAGCUCUCUAACAGCCACCAUUGUCAACAGCAUUAAUUUGUAGUGUUUUGUGUCGUAUCAUUUGUGUUCAAAUAUACCAACGAUGUCGUCAACAAAGAUGCUGGUCUGCGCGUUAGUGGUUGUGUGCGUCAGCUUGAGGCAUGGACUGGCUGCGCCUGCGCCACAGGAAGACGGACCACCCACACCAUACGAAUAUAAAUACGACGUAGAAGACCCAGAGAAGACGUUAUAUUUCGGCGCUAAUGAAUCCGGUGAUGCACAGGGUAAGGUCGUCGGAGGGUACCGAGUAUUGCUUCCUGACGGUAGACUCAUGAAUGUUGAAUACACGGUGGAAGGUGAGAGUGGGUUUGUGCCCAAGAUUACCUUCGAGAAUAACGCAAACCCAUUCGGCCAGGGCAAGUAAACAUGACGAUGUAAAUAACAACAAUCAUACAUGUCCAAAAUUGUAGAAUUUCUAAAUUAAUUUAAUUUAAAUUAAAAAAUAUCUAUUUAUAUUUUGUUUUUCGAAUGAAUUUUUAAUUUAUUACAUGUGAUUAUUUUAAAUUAUGAUGAAUAUUGAUUAUGUAUCGAGUAGCCGAAGUUACCAAUUCUGUGAUUCAAGUUAUAAUAGGUCAAUAUUGCCAUUACAACUAAGACAUCUUAGUGACUAGUUUGAGUUAAUACGCGUUUGUAUAACUCGAUUUAGUAUAAUUUUUUUAUUCAUGUAAAUUUUGUAAGCAAGCAAAUAAAUAUGUUUAUAA